AGCACAUGAGCAAGAGGUGUGAGGUGUUGUAUUUCAAAAUUUUCCCCCGCAACAAUGGGGCAUUAAAAAGUCCGCAAGUCUUGACUGUUGAGAAAAGAAACUCUUGUACAUUAAUUCUUUUAAUAUUUUCACUACUUGUGGAUUUUUUUCGGCCUUUACACGGCAAAGAGAGCAAAAUGUGUUUGGUUGUGGAGUUGAGGAACGUUUUAUUUAAGAUCAAAAACGUUCCAAGAGGCAGUGGUGUAUGACACGAUUUCUUCGUUGUGGCUCUUUCUCAGCCACACUAGCACGCCAAUUUUUAUAUAUUGAAUCGGCACUAAUACACUCUUUGUGCCCCACUAUGUUUGUAUAUAAAAUACCUAUUAUUAUAUAGAAUAAUAUAUAUAUUUCUGCACACGUACAUUACAAUACUAAUAUUAUAAGAAUUUUUUCUUCUUCCAUUUGUUAAAGAAUGAAGAAAAAAAACAGCACUGAUUCACUUGGUUAGUGACUCUUUCACUUUCGUGUUCUCUGUGUAUUGGGAAUUCUUUGGAGAAGCUUUUCCGCAGGCUACCCGCGGACGCUACUCAUUUGAGGGUGACCGAUGGAAAGCCUCAAUGUGGCAUAGUUUGUGAAUUGCUUGUAAACACGCCAGACGUGUCUGAAAAGUCUUCUCCUCGCGGCCUUUAUAUACCUAUACUUUACCUAUAUAGUGUACACAAGAAGGGCUUUUAUUUCAUAUUCCACGUUGUUUCCUUCUCCGGAUGCACCUAGAGCUUAAUAUUAGUGAUUUUUUUUGUAAUAGUUUCCGUGUAAUAAAAUGUAAAAUAUUGCUAGAAAAAAAUGAAGGAAAUGAAUUAUAAAAAAAUAAAAUUUCUCGUUAGAAUUUUAAAUAAUAAAAAAAUAGAGGAUGAGAGUAACGCAUAGAAAGAGAAAAAAGAAUAGCUUUUCAAUGCCACGAGACGAAUUCAUGCCUCGUGUUAGAACUGUACGGCAGGUGAAACAGCAUAAACCGCGAUUUCGAAGAACUCCAGAUAGCUGCAGUGCUGAGAAAAAUAAUGGUGGAUUUGAUUCUCAUCUACUGUCGAAGCAAGUAAAUAAACCACCAUCGUACAGAAUGCCCCCUCAACCACCACCAGGGCCUGCAAUGGUAUACAGUGAGUCUACAAUUCCAGGAGCUACGGCUUCAAUGGAUUUAACAAGUAACGUGGGCAUGACAGAGAACAACCACGAUGGUAAUUCCGCCCUCAGGACGCACUCAUCCAAGUUUCCGAUUGAAAAGGAACUCAUCCUGUCUGGUGAUAAGGGCUCCACAAAAAUUCCCCUUAUGAAUGACUACAGGACCCCACCGGCGGGAUUCCUCAAAAGUGGGGUCACACUGCAAAUGCUACCACGUCCAGCAAGUGCAUCAAUUGCGCCAGAUCAUCCCAAACCGAAGCAUCUUCAAGCAUGGAACUCCCUGUCACAGCAGCAAUCUGCUCAAUUGCCGCCAAAAGUGGCAUGUGGGGCGAUUCCAAGAACACCAGCUCGCCUUCCAGAAGACGUUACAGCACUGGCGGAACGUGAGAAUAACAGCAAGAAUAACGAAUUGAGGGAUUCAUCCAAGAAUGCCGUGUCAAAGACCUACCACACACUAAAGGAUUUGAUCUCAUCGAAAUUCCGGAAGGAUAAUUCAGAAGGCGUCGAUGAACUCAAUAACGUUCAUCCAUCUCAAAUUUCGGGUAAUCAAUGCAUGGAGUCGAUGGAGCAUAAAUCCCCAUAUAUGUCCCUCCCGGCGCAUUUGAGGCAGAAUAAUGGGCUAAAUAAUUCUCAACCAAACAUCUGGUCCGAUAGAUCAGCUUCGGGAUCCCCGAGGAUCCCAUAUCAGCACCACCAGAUACCCCCGAGGCCGUAUACGCCGGCUGAUGUGAUGAGGAAUGUGAAUCAGCAGCAGAAAGCAAUGUCACAGCCACAGCUAAAUAUUCCCAAAGAUCACGAGGAGGCCCCACAGAGCUUCCAUCAUCAGCAUGUGAAAGCUGUGAAGAGGUCUUCCCUGGCAAAUAUCGACAUGACGGAUAGCGAUGAGGGGGGUUUUGUGGCUCAACCACCACGUGUACCCGUUGUGUAUCAUCCCGGUGAAAAGCCCCAUGGUCAGAUGUAUGGGAGUAGACCACAGAGCUCGCAAGGAGCAAUUCCCUUUCAAUCAGCCUACGCAACAAAUCUCCAGCAACAGCUGAGCUAUCAGGGUAACAAAGAUUCCCAAACUCCCACACCAGGUAGCUACCAUCAGCAGCAGCAUCAGGUGCAAGAGGAGCAAAUGUAUAAGAGCCAAAAUGAUCAGAAGGAUUGCAAUUCAUCGUACGUGCAUCCCGAUAGGGUGUGGCCGUAUCCAAAGCCCCAAAUGCAGGAGCCACCAAAAAUACCCCAAAAACCCGAUCAUAAAACAACCACGGAGGUAGCAAAGCCAAUUUCCGGCUCUGGCGCAAGCUCAGAUUACGACAAGAGUGGCAAUCAGAGUUCAAAUGUUGACUCGGGUCGAGGGAGUGCAGCCUACUCGAGCUGCCGCAAAGGCACCACGGCGAAUCCACCGGCAGAGCAUCCAAAUCCACCGCCACGUGCGAAGGAGAAUGAUUCGGAAUGGGCGGACAUUGUGGAUGCGGAACUGAGACAAAUUCUCGAGCCUGGAAUGCAGAAUCUCUCAAUGCGACCAGAGAGUACAAUCUCUGGGAGUGCAUCAUCGGUUACACCACCACUUCCGCCACUCUCCCCGGGUGGAAGUACGCGGUAUACAACUCCGGGGGGUCAGGAAAAAUCAUCGGGGAAACAGGAAUACGGUGCGGAUAGCUACAAUCGUCCUGGAAGGCAUUCAGGACCAAUUGGACCGUCACGUGCUGGUUGGCCGGGAUCAGCUGUUCAGAAGCAAGGGCAUGUGCGAUCUGGUACAAAGAGGCACGAGCAGACACUCCUCAAGAGGCACUUAUUCGGCCUAGAUAACGAUGUAGCCUCCACAACCACACGUUCACUUGACUUGGAAUCCCUCUUGGGAGCACCAUGGUGUGCUGGGCAGUCCGUGAGUGACUCAGAGACAGACACACAGGGUCUACGGCAUAUUCGGAGUCAGCUGGAAGGCCUUGAGUACAUGUAUAGUGAAGUUCUUCGGAUUAUUGGCUCAAAAAUCCCCGGAAUUCCCAAUCGACUGCAAGAUAAUCCCAGGAUUGGGGUGCGACGACGCCAAGGGAGUCUCUCGUCGCUUCCGUCAAGUUCAGUGAGUGGGAGACCAAUCCGGGAGCGCAGGAGGACAGAUGAGAGGAGGAAAGUUCGCGAUAUGAAGGGGAUUAAUAAGAGAUUUCAGCGUCUUGAAUCGCAUGUGGUGACCCUGGCACGGAGUGUGGCGCACUUGUCGUCGGAAAUGCGUUCACAGCAUGUUGUAACGCAGGAAUUGGAAAGAUUACGCGAUGAUCUGGCCACGCUGCGUCUUCAGACGAAUCACAGUAUGGGCUUCCAAAGUCACGGGGGUGCUAAUGCGGAAUCACCAAAUCUCACAAAUCCAAAACGCGUGAAGAAGCUCACGAAGUUCUUUGGGGAAGAUCCACCACUCAUGAGACUCUUCCUUAAGAAAUUAGGAUAUGAGAAAUACGCCACAUUGUUUGAAUCGGAGAAAGUAGGUAUGAUUGAAUUGCCCUAUUUGGGUGAGGAGCGUCUGCAGAAGUUGGGUGUACCACUUGGUCCGAGAUUGCGUAUCCUGCAAGAAGCUCAAAUAUCCCUCUGCAAGGACACAACUCUCUGUAUCGUAUAAAAAGUUUAAAUUCUCAUACCCUUUUACCCCUUUCCGCUUACAUUAAAAAGAACUUUCGAAGAAGUUCUUCUUUUACUUUUAGAUUUUUUAUUAUUAUUAUUUUCUAAGUAGAUUUCCCAACAUUGAUGAGCAAAAUUUAAUGUAAAUCAUCAAGAUUUUUAGCAUCAUAAAUUUUUUCUGGGCCGGAUCAGUGCAAUAGGAAAAAUGUAAAAUAAUAAAUAACUUCAUUUCAGAUAAUAAUCAUUUAUUGCACUCUAUUUUUUUAAAUUUAAAUAAAACAUACAAUAUUCACUGAAAAAAUAUAAUUCAACAGAGUCUAUUCGAAAAUAUAAUUAGUUAACCCUUUCAUGUCGACUCAAAUGUUUACAGAGAGAAAAAUGUCUGAACAUUCCAAAAAUUUAAAUUUUUUACUUAUGA